AUGACCAGUAAAAAUAAAUACACAAGUGAAAUCAGCUGAUUUGAUUCUGAAAGGUUACAAAUUGUGUGGAAAAUACAAAAAUUAACACCAGAAAUGUUUCCGGCAUAUGCACAUUUGUCAGCUUACGACAGACACAAGAAGCUCAUAAACGACUAUUUGACACUUUAUGGACAAUCUGUAUCAUCAUUGAAGCGUGACACGUCUCGAGACAAAACUGAUUAUGAUGUCAUCAGAGAGAAUCACAAAUUCCUGUGGGAUCAAGAUGAUACUCCAGACACAUGGGGGGCAAAAUUGGCUAAAAAAUACUAUGACAAACUGUUCAAGGAAUAUUGCAUAUGCGAUCUCACAUAUUACAAAUAUAAUAAGGUUGCUCUGAGAUGGAGAACUGAAAAAGAAGUAAUAGCUGGGAAAGGACAAUUUGAAUGUGGUAGUAAAACAUGUAUGGAAAAAGAAAACUUGCGAUCUUGGGAACUUAAUUUUGGCUAUGAAGAACAUGGUGAAAAGAAGAACGCCUUAGUAAAAUUAAGACUUUGCCCAGAAUGUUCAGUAAAACUUAAUUAUUGUUCACAAAAACGCGAGGUGAAAAGGAAAAAAUCUUUAAAACGUUUGGGUACAAAUUCCGAAAACAACGAUGGUAUAUCUGCUACAUCUAGUAAUCAAGAUUCAGAUAAUAAAGCAGAAACAGAUUCUAAUCCGCUUGAAACACAAACUACCGAGAGUGUCGAUACAGAUCAAUCAAAUGUUUGGAAAGAAAAACCAAUAGAAGAUGUGGACAAAUCGAGAGAAAAAGAAUUUGAGGAAUACCUAGCAGACUUACUAAUGUGAAUGCAAUUUAUAUGGUUAUAAUGUGUGUAUGUGUGUGUGAAAUGUAUGUUGUACUUUAUUAUAAAUAAAUAUCGAGUUAAGAAUAAUCUUAUUUCUUAUA